AUGUCAAAGAAUUCACGUUCAUCUUCUACAGCUGCUAAUUCAUCUCAACGAAAUUUACACAGUCCUCUUAUGAGAACUCCUCUUUCAGAUAUCUCAAAUAGAUCUCCUCUUUCAGAUAUCACAAAUGUUACUUCACCGAAUGAAAGGCGUAAGCUUCGAAAAUUAAUACUUGAUAAUAAGAAAUCAAAGAAUUCAUCGUCAUCAUCAACGAAUGUUCGUAACAUCUUUUCUGACAAUGCAAAUUUGCUGGAAUGUUCUGAUACUAUGGAUCAACAUAUGUACUCCAUUGAAUGUCGAGCAGUUAGAAAUGCUACUAGUUCUUUAAUUUCAACUACACCAGGUACACCUCUAGAUAACAACCGUCGAUAUUCCAUUACUUCUAGCAUCAUUAGCAGUAACAAUAAGCCGAUAUUGGGUAGUACCUCUACCCUUACACGGCUGUCUUCUGGUAAAUGUAACCUCGAGCGCAAGAAACGUGAUAAUACUCCUGUACCUAUGCUGACUUUGGAUUCAGAUGAAGACGAUGUGUUUUUGUGCAAUGAUGAAGAUCCUUAUAAAGGGAUAUCUAAAGAUUAUUUGGACCAUGGUGACCAAGUGCUUACAUGUCAGGUUUGUAGUGCAAAGUUAUGGACAUCAGAAGGUGGAAAAGGUCGUUUAACUAUAAAUAAGCUAUGUUAUAGUAUGUGUUGUGGGUAUGGUAAAGUUCAGCUACUGCCUUUAAAGGAUGCACAUCCGUCUUAUCAAAAUUUGUUUUCUUCCUCAAAUGCAAAAAGCAAGUUCUUCCUGAAGAACAUAAGACGAUACAACUCUAUGUUCUCUUUUACAUCUAUGGGUGGAAAGGUUGAUUCUAAUAUCAACAAGGGUAAUGCUUCAUUUAUAUAUCGUAUCAGUGGCCAAAACUAUCAUUGCAUGGGGAGUCUCAAACCUCUAGAUGGAAAUGAAGCUAAGUUUUGUCAGCUAUACAUACAGGAUACCGAAAAUGAAAUAACAAACAGACAAGCAUUAUUCAGCAAAGGAACCAAACCUUCAUCGCCUACUGAUAAAGAACUUGAUGUUGAAAUGAUAGAAUAUUUGAGGGCUUUAUUAGAUUCACAAAAUAUGUUGGUUAAGACAUAUAGGAUGGUCAGAGACCAUUUUCACAAAUCUCCAGAGGCCAACCUUAGUCUGCGACUUAUUUAUAGAAGAGAAAAAGACGGCAUGACAUAUAACUUACCCACCACAUCUGAAGUUGCUGCUUUGGUUGUCGGAGACAUUGAUAAAGCUAUAGACCAUCGUGAUAUUGUUGUCGAGACUCAGUCGGGAAUGCUGCAGCGUAUUAGCGAAUUAUACCUAUCGUAUCUUGCUCUGCAAUAUCCGUUACUUUUCCCAUAUGGUGAUGAUGGUUAUAGAGUUGAUAUUCCUCAUAGAGAUUUUAUGUUGUUACAAUUGUUUUUGGUUGAUGCGUACACAAUGAUUGAGAGCGAAAGACUAAAGUACAUCCGUAGGCAACAAGCGAACCUUCGCUCUGAAACAUUUGAGAAUCUUCAAAAGUAUAAAUCUAAAGGUAAGGAAGUUUUAACAGAUACUGGAAAGCCUGUUACACUUCCUUCUUCAUUUACUGGUGGUGCAAGAUUCAUGCAACAAAAUUACCUCGAUGCAAUGGCCUUAUGUAAGUGGUAUAGGUACCCUGAUUUCUUCAUAACUAUAACGUGUAAUCCUAAGUGGCCUGAAGUAAAAAGAUUUCUAAGAGAUUCAACCAUCAAAGCCGAAGACAGGCCUGACAUAUUGUGUCGAUUGUUUAAAAUGAAGCUUGAUUCCUUACUCAAAGAUUUGAAGGAUUCUAAGUAUUUCGGUGAGAUUAACGUUGGUCCUGAUAUGGCUAUUGCGGUAGUUUCUGGUGAUACAAAUUCAACCAUCAAGGAAAAGCCAAAAGACAAGAUCAAGGAGUAUCCUACUGUUAUGAGGCUUCCCUUUCAUUUGCCGGGCCAACAGAAUGUUGUGUAUGGUGCGGAUGACGAUAUUGAUAAUGUUUUAAGCAAGCCUUCUGUUGCUUCUUCAAUAUUUGUGCAAUGGAUGAAGUUGAACGAGACAAAUGAAGAUGCUAGAAAGCUGACUUACGUUGAGUUUCCUUCCAAAUUUGUUUGGAUACUUAAAGAUAGAUGUUGGUAG